UAGCCGACAUGGAACCAGUGGCCAGCAACAUCCAAGUCUUGCUGCAAGCAGCGGAGUUCUUGGAGCGCCGCGAGAGAGAGGCGGAGCAUGGCUACGCGUCUCUGUGCCCCCACCACAGUCCAGACCCCAUCCACAGGAGGAGGAAGCGACCCCCACAAGCUCCUGGCGCUCUGGACAGUGGGCGAUCUGUGCACAAUGAGCUGGAGAAGCGCAGGAGGGCCCAGCUGAAGCGGUGCCUAGAGCAGCUGAAGCAGCAGAUGCCCCUGGGGGCUGACUGUGCCCGAUAUACCACACUGAGCCUGCUUCGCCGAGCAAGGAUGCACAUCCAGAAGUUGGAGGAGCAGGAGCAGCGGGCCCGGUGGCUCAAACAGAAGCUACGUAGUAAACAGCAGAGCCUGCAGCGGCAGCUGGAGCAGCUCCAGGGGCUGCCAAGGGCAGGGGAACGGGAGCGGCUGUGGGCAGACAGCCUGGAUUCCUCAGGGCUCUCCUCUGAGCGCUCAGACUCUGACCAAGAGGAGCUGGAGGUAGAUGUGGAGAGCCUGGUGUUCGGGGGUGAGGCAGAGCUGCUGCAGAGCUUCAGCGCAGGCCAGGAGCACAGCUACUCACACAACCCUCUCACUUGGCUAUGAUGCUCACUGCCCCAACUGCCCUCUGCUCACACUGGGCUGAGCCUGCUGUGCAGGAGCCCUCCUCAAGCCUUGAGGGCUGCUUGGAGCCAUUUAUCUGUCAGAAUGGACUAAAAGGACACUUACAUGGGAACAGGUAACAUGAACUUUGCUGCUGGCUACCAGGUGGGCCCUCCUGUGGGGUUGGGGAGGCACCCAGGCCACGCCAAAGCCCCACAGAACAGGCAGCUUGGGGCUUCCAAGCAUUUUUUGUAGCACUUGUUUGUGCUGCCCCAUAGGGGGAGAAGCUUCUCAGACCCUUGUUUCUUCCUAGACAAGACCCCCGGCCUUCACCCCAUAUACUGUACAGUAUUUUCAUUAAAAGCUUCUUUCAUAACUUCCCGUUCAUGGUCUUGCCUGACAAAAACGGAGGAAGUCCCAACCACAACUGGAGAAGAGGAAAUAAACUCAGUAGCCACCACCAAAACCCACCAUGC